ACCGCCGCAUCCCCCGCCAUGCAGCAGAACCAGUGGGGGCAGUACCCCUACAACCAGCAACAGCAGCCCCAGUUUCUCAACACACAGCCCACAGGCUUCCAGUCCCUCCAGCCAAUGCAGACCGGCUUCAACCCAGGCCAGCAGCAGCAGCGCCCCCAGCCCACCGGCAACGUCUCCAUCCCAGGCGGCCAGCCCAACAACUAUGCCUUCCUCAACCAGCCCCCUGCCACCGGCUUCCGCCAGGGCCUCACCCCGCAGAUGACUGGCUACCCAGGCGCUCAGGGCACCGGGUCCGGUCUCAUGCCCCAGCAGACUGGCUUCUCCAGCGCCGGAAACGCGCGCAUGAUGCCCCAGCAGACGGGCUUCCAGGGCAGUAUGAUGUCCCAGCCGACCGGCAUGAUGUCGCAGCCCACGGGGAUGGGUGGUGCCGGCAUCACCCCGCAGCGAACAGGGUUCCAAGGCGGAUUGAUGUCGCAGCCGACCGGGAUGCAGGGUCUGCAGGCGCAGCCGACCGGUAUGCCGCAUGACCCCAGGCUGCAGAGUAUGAUGCAGAGUUUCCUGCCGAGCAACUUGUCUCAACCUUUCGCUUCAGGCAUCCCUCAAUUCGCCCAGCCGGCGCAGCCUCUCCAGCAAACGUUCAACUCGCUCCUCCAGAACCCAUCGGUCAACACUCCCAAGAUCCCUUGGGUUCUUUCGCGCCAGGAAAAGAAGGACUAUGACCAGAUUUUCCGCGCGUGGGAUACUACUGGUCAGGGUUUCAUCUCUGGUGAUAUGGCAAAGGAGGUAUUUGGACAGAGUGGUUUGGGGCAAGAGGAUCUGAUGAAGAUCUGGAACUUGUCGGACGUGGACAACAGAGGCAAGCUCAAUCUCCCCGAAUUCCACGUCGCCAUGGGUCUUGUCUACCGAGCUCUCAACGGAAACCCAAUCCCCGAUACUUUGCCCGAAGAGCUCGUACCGGCAUCCAUGCGCGACAUUGACUCCACCGUCAACUUUAUGAAGGAUCUCCUCAAACACGAGUCAUCUGCAUCUCGCUCUGCCACCUCUUCUCCCGGCUAUGCUACUCCUCGUGACACAAGCAAAGACGCUCUUCUCUAUAAACACUCGGAUGACGUCUCCACUACCUACAAGCCUUCGUCGAGGCAUCUGGACCGCAAGUCUGUGCGCUAUGCCGGUGAAGACCCCGAUGCUGGCUUGAAAGACAUUCGUCGCAAGCUCGAAAACACAUCUACCUUGCUCGAAAAGUCUUCCGAGAAGAGCAUAGAGGACGAAGAACUCGAGGAAGAGGUGGAGACUCUCCAGUACCGUCUCAAGCGUAUUCAAGAAGACAUCGAGUACUGCUCCAAGGGACGCAGGACUACCGAGAAGGACGAGGAACGCCGCAAGCUUGAGCGAGAACUGCUUUUCUUGAUGCACGAGAAGCUGCCCGAGCUCGAGAGGAGGCAGGAAAGGAGAAAAGAGGAAAAGGCCAUGGAGGAGAGGGCUGGUGUCCGACGCCGAGACGACAGAAACCGAACACAUUCCCGAUACGACGCCCGGGACAGUAGGGAUGAUUACGGUGGCUACCGCGGCACCUUUGACAGAGAGAAGGAGAAGGACAGGUACGACCGUGGCGUCAGAUAUGACGACUACGACAGGCGCGAUAGGGACCGGUCACGAGACAGACGCGAUGACUAUGAUCGUUACGACCGUGACCGUCGUGGCUCGAGAGAAGAGCGAGACCGAUAUGACCGUCCUCGAUCGCCUGUCGCGGCGCGAUCACCGCCGCCUGCUCCUCCCGCGCCGUCGGCUGCUGCAACGUCUACCUCUGCCCCGCCUCCUCCUCCUGCUCCGACCUCUGCGGCUGCGGUGCCCAGCACCAAGAACAUGACUCCCGAGGAGCGCAAGGCAUUCAUCCGUGAACAGGCUCAGCGCCGAAUCAACGAACGUCUUCGUUCGCUUGGUAUCGAGAGCGAGACCAAGCAGGACGAAGUCGACAGUUCCGUUCAGGACAGACUUGAAAAGGAAAAGAAGGAGGCUGAGGAACUGUCGCGCAAGGCGGAUGAGGAGCAAAAGGAGAGGGAGGAAGCGAGGAGAAAAAAGUUGGCGGGAGUGAACGGUGCCGAGGACCUGCCGACGGACAAGCCUGCCUCUCCUGCUCCAUCUGCGCCCUUGAAGAGUGCUCUGAAGAAGCCGCCUCCCCCAGCGCCUGCCCCUAGAGCCAAGCCCCCUGCGCCCGCACCUCCUGCCUCCAGGGCGCCUGCUCCUGCCCCUCCCGCUCCUACCCCAAGAGCCCCUCCCGCUCCCAAGGUGCCCGAAGAAGACCCCGAGGAAGUCGAGUUCCGUCGAUUGGAAGCAGAGGCAGCUAGGAAGAAGGAGGAGAGGAAGAAGAGGCUGGAAGCUAUGCAAAGAGAGGAGGAGGAAGAGAGGCAAAAGGAAGAGGAGCUGUUGGCUGCUAGGAAAAACAGAAGCUUGGGCCCUAGCCCUGCUGCCGCAUCCCCUGCCCCUCCUUCGCCCGCCCCUCCAGCCCCGUCAGCCCCGCCAGCCCCGCCAGCCCCUCCUGCUCCCCCUGCAGCUGAGCAAGCAUCCGGCUCUUACAAUCCUUUCAGAAAGCCCGGAGGUGCUCCAGCCGCAUCACCUGCUCCCGCGUCAGGCGGCUUCAAUCCAUUCUUCAAGCCACCUGCUGCUGCCGCGACGGCUUCUCCUGCCGCAAAGUCGCCCGAGUCCUCCGUGUCCACACCUGCGCCAGAGACAGCCCCUCCUCCUCCUCCCCCUCCACCUGCGCCCCCUGCGCCCCCGGCGCCUGCCCCGCCAGCCUUCCAACCUCCUCCCAGGGCGCCUCCAAGUGAGCCAGAGUGGGAAGACAUUACCGAAAAGCAAGCCGAUGAUUCCGACUCUGACUCUGAUGACGAGUUUACUUCUUCUCGCGCUGGUCGUCAAGGUCUUGCUCAGGCACUGUUUGGCAACAUCAUGGGUGGAUCAGCACCAUCGCCGACUACAUCGAGACCUGGGUCAGCGGCUCCCAAAGCUGCCCCCAAAACUUUGAACGUCGGUGGCGGUGAUCCUGGACAGGGUAUGAGCGCGCUGCUGUCCUCUAUUCAGGGCGGUGCUAGAUUAAAAAAGACACAGACUGUCGAUAAGAGCAAGCCUCCCGGCGUGGGAUCAGUCAUUGGCGAUGCUGCUCCCCCGGCUCAUAUCAGCACCACACCACGAGAACACGCGCCUCCUCAGGCGCAGGAAGCUCCUGCCCAUGCUGAAGAACGCGCCCUUUCCCCUGCGCCUGCUUCUGACGAUUCUUAUGUCGGCGGCAACCCCAAUAGACAGAGUGUGGACUGGUAUGCUGGGCUGGCAGCGGACGCCACCCAUCCGGCGGCCAGCGUUGGCGAAACCUCCGUGCUUGAACCUACGAAAGAGGUCGAAGAGGAGCAGGAGGCGCACCAGAGCCUUGGAGGGCCGGAAGUUGUUGUUGACAAGGCCGAAGAUGAGGACGAGUUUGACCUUUCAACGACUCUCCGAGUCAGGUCAUUGUACGAGUUUGUCGGCACGAGAGACGUCGACGUCAGCUUCAAGGAAGACGUCGUCAUUGACGCUCAUCCUGCCAAAGACCCGAGCAGCCUCUGGUGGUACGGUACUGUGGUGAAGGACCAGUCCAAGGGCUGGUUCCCUAGCAACUACGUUGAACAGAUCCAAGCCGUCCCCGCCCAGGCCCUGUACUCGUACGCCCCCGAAGAGGCCGAUCAGCUUCCUUUCGCCGAAGGCGACAAGCUCUCCGUCAUCGACCACUCAGAGCCCGACUGGUGGAAGGUCGAGCAUUCUGGUGUGAUCUUCUUGGUCCCUGCUGCCUAUUUGGAACUCCAAGGUCCGGCUAAUGGAGUUACAGAGACGGCCCCAGUUAUGCCUACUGACCGCAACCUUUCACCAACCGUGACCAUUAGCGAACAGACAGAACAGCCACAGUCCCCCAACGAGCUUCAACCUCCCCGAGCAUCUGCCACACUUCUUCAAAGCCCCUCGUCUCCAAAAUCAACUCAGACACCUGGUACUCCCCAAAUCCGCAAUCGACCUCGGGCAGCAUCAACCCUUUCGGUGACCAGUACCACAGCCUCGCGCCCGCCCUCAUUCAUUUCAGAAGACGAGGACGAUCAAGGUGAUAGCUCGUCUGAUGAUUCAAUGUUGAGCUGGUGGUCUGACGACUCGUCGGAUGACGACGAGGCCGUAGAAGAAGAGACCAGUGAAAAGGCGGAGAACAGGCAGGGCAACGAUACAACCCCCAAAGCCAAAAAGACAAGAAGGUCUGCCCCGAAGCCGCCUACCAAUCCUGAGAAAGAAGCAGAGCGUAAACGCCGAGAGGCUCAGCGUCACUCCUUACUUGCCGCCGCCGGUCUGCAAGUGACGCGAGAGCCAUCAGUCAGGAGGGCUGCGCCUGCUGUCCCAGGUGGAAGAAAGAGGCGGCAUGCUCCUGCUGUUCCAGAAGGUAGAAGGCGGGGCAAAAACCUGCCUCCGAUUCCCGAUGAGCAGCAUGAGAAGGGUGAGAGGCUGGAUACGCAAGAUGCUUAUGCGAGAUACGAAGCUUUCUUGGCGCAAUCUGCCCAAGCUCAGAGCCAGCCUUUGCCGCGCCCCGAGUCUUUCAAAGCCCAAUCUCGACCCAGCUCGCAAGUGCUGUCACCUCAAACGACAGGUCAAUCUCCUCAAGGCGCUCCCCUAUCACCCACAUCGACGAUUACAUCCCUUCCUCCAUCCAUAGGAAAAGAAGCAGGUGGGAAAAUUUCAGGCUUUUUCAAGAGUGUUCUGGCCACACACCAUCCCGAGCCCAAACGCCCGAGUAUCAGCGGACCCACUAUCUCCCGGGUCGGUAUUGACGAUCAACCAUCUUCGCCUUCCCCUGGUUCCACAGGUCAGCCAUCCGAAGCAGAGAGUAGCGAGUUUGGAAAGACAUGGUCAAGUCUGGUGGAGCCGAGUGUGUUGGAUACCAUGGACAAUAGCGAAAGAAAGAGGCAGGAAGCCAUCUUUGAGUUUAUUGCCACGGAGAAUGCGUACAAUCGAGAUUUGCAGCUGAUUGUAGAGGUGUUUUACGCUUCUCUCCUAUCGAUGUUGGACGAGAAGGCUCUCACUGUCAUCUUUGCCAACAUCGAAGACAUCUUGCUCUUCAACACUGGCUUCUUCAGUGCAUUGGAAGAGAGACAAAAGGCUGCUAGGCUAUAUGUCGUCAAGAUUGGCGAUGUUCUGAGCUUUUUGAACGAAGCGGGCAUCUACAUGACCUACUGCAUCAAUCAGCACCAAGCUAUCAAGCUUCUCCAAAGUCUGCGGGUAGAGAGGCCGGAGCUCAACGCCCAUCUUGAACACAUCCGGGAGACAAAUGCCUCCAUUCGAGGACUUGAUCUCUCAAGUUUCUUGCUCAUCCCGAUGCAAAGGAUCACCCGAUAUCCUCUUUUGAUCAAACAAAUCAUUGGCUAUACGCCUUACGACCACUCCGACCUUCCCCAGCUCGAACAAGCUCUGCGCGUGACAGAAGGAAUAGUGAGCAGAAUCAAUGAGAGUGUACGGGAAAGUGAAGGGCAGGAGAGACUGAGGGCUUUGAGUGAAAACUUGUGGAUCGGAGGGGAAGGCCGCUUGGAUCUGACAGCGCCGACUGCCUUCUUGGGCCCUCGAAGGCUGGUGAAGGAAGGCACCGUCACCAAAGCCAAAUCUGGGCGAAAGCUCACCAUGCUGCUUUGCAACGACAUCAUCGUGCUCCUCGACAACAAGGAUCUCUAUCGCAUGCCAUUAGCAUUGCACGAAGUCGAGGUGAAGCAGACGAGGGAUGUCACGGGCUUUGCUCUUCGAGCAGACCAGAGGCGAGGUGGGGACACUGUUACUCUCAAGGCAAUGAGUGCUAGCGAUGCAAAGGAUUGGAUGGGCAAAAUUGAUCGGGCCAGGAAGCAAGCUUUGAGCGCUCGACGUGCGAUGUAAUGAAAUGAAUCAAGUACAGAAACCACCCAUGCAUGCAUUAGGAGAAUGCAAGAACAACAAUG